UAACAAGGCGGGCGCCAUCUCGCUACGCAGCGCGGACGCGGUAGGGCUCAGGGCCAGGGCGCAUGCGCAGCAUAUUAUGGCGCCCGCGAUAGUGUAUGAGCGAAGAUUGAAAUUGGGAUCAACCUAGCAACGUUUGCAGGUCUCUCCUCUACCGCCUGUCUGCAACAGAGCUCGGUUUUCUUCGAGAAAGUUGUACACCAUGGGCCACCAGCUCCACGACGACUUCGAGUUCCCUGGCGACAACGGUUGCCGAGUUCCCAGCGACCAACUACGCUUCAGUCUCAGUCGCUACAUCGGGUGCUUUCCCACAGCCUCGUUGAUGGGAAUUGCCACUGGGGGGUCGAGCUCCGUUCCUGGCUCCAGCGGCCUGUGGUAUCCGCUUCAUCUUCACUUCCGAGCAACAGCAGCGUCCUUCCAGCACUCCGGGUGCUGCGGGCCCUCCUCACUCCCCACAGUCAUUCCACCAGAUCUGCCACCGCAGCUGAGUCGGGGGCGUCCCGUCUGA